AUAAAUUAUGACUUCCAGUGGAAAGACUUUGUGGAGACGAGUUGUACGGAGAGUUGGCCCGUAAUCACAGAAUAUUCUGCAAUCAGCGGCACUUGUGUUCACUCGUAUCCCUUCAAAAAGCUGUACUACUCGUUGGUCACCGUUACUCUGUUUUUCGUACCGGUGCUCGUUAUGGUCACCGCCUAUUCGCUAAUCAUAUGGCGCUUAUGGGUCCACAAAGCACCAGGGGAACUUAUUACCAAUACACAGAGGGCACAGAAUUGCUCCAAGAAAAAGGUCGUGAAAAUGGUAUGUCUGGUGCUGUUGUGUUUCAUCAUCUGUUGGAUGCCAUUGCAGAUCAUUGUCUUGUAUUCCCUGUUCGGACACUCGGCUAACGAUUCCGGAGAGUUGCCGGAAUGGUUUUCCACCCUAUCCUACAUGAGUACGUUCAUAGCGUACACUAACUCCGCGCUAAACCCUGUUAUUUACGGCGGAUUUAAUCGCAUUUUCCGUCGCACCCUGUACUCCGUGCUCCGGUGCGAGUGUCACGUGAUCGAGAGAUACCGUAAGUAUUAG